GAAAGGCAUCAGCCAUGGCGCUCGACGGUAUUGUCAUUAGUAGUCGCUUUGGCUCUGACGCGAUUAGACCGAUUCCACAUUUACACCGGAAAUUCGACUUAAAUCGUUAUUGAAAAAGCGCGAAAUAAAUUAAGUUAUCGCCUUAUCAGUAGCAAGUGCAGUGCAGUAGAGAACUUUCCUAGUGCAAACAAGUCUGCGGAACAGAAGGAAAUUUAUUGCGAUUUAAAAUAAUGGUCUAACAUAUACAUACAUACUCGGAAACUUAGAUUCCGCCAAACUGUUGGUUGACUAUUUGCUAAGUGAUUGUGAAAAGUAAAUAAAUGAAUAAAGGUGAUUGUCUACGUUAAAAUGAUUGAUUGCCUGAGGCGUUGGACGCUGUUCGGGGCAAUCGCUUGUUGCUUGUCUAAAGAUAUUGUCAGUGGACAGAAGUUUCCCGAUACAUGCUUCGGCGCCAGUGUGCUGGUUUAAAAUUACACAAUACAAAACAAAAGAAUUAAUCAUACGAAAGUCAGACGAAGCUGAAAUCAAGAAACAAUUCCUACCUAUGAUAUUGACAAAAGACGCUUGAAAUUGCUACAUUGACAGCUGCAUGCACUUUCAAUGAAAGAUUUCAUCCUAUUUUGAAAGUUAUGGACACUAUAGGAGUCACAAUCGGUCCGCACGCUGCUAGCUACGCUACGAAAUACAAUGUACAAUGCCGCUCGAGUAUCAAAGGCGGAUAUAGACGCAGCUAAGGCUUCUAAAGCGGCCAGGUCAAGUCGUAAAGCAGCAAAACUUGCUGAAAAUGAUGCCUACAAAAAAACGAAGGAUUAUUAUACGCACCAGACAUAGACGAGUAAUAUGUAUGUCUCAGUAAUAGGCGGCAAAGACUUGAUCAACUCAAUACUCAUCAACUCACCGGACGCGGUCAUCCAUAUUUCAUCAGUGUCUAGUUCAGAAUCAGUGUCUAGUUCCCUUCGCUGAGACUUUUCCUUCGAACUAAAAUAUAAAUUGUAACAGUUUGAAACGAAUAAAUAGAAAUCCAGGAUUAUGCAAAAUGCCGCCAACUCAGCAACAUGCAUUGUUGUUGCUAAACAUUUCCAAUGGUAUGUACGCAACACCGAAGAACUAUGGCACCGAUGUUAAGUUAACGAGCAUUUCCAACUCAAUCAACACAGUAGUAACAGCUACUGUUACUGCUACCGCUUUCGUGACUACCUCUACGUCUACAGCUAGAGCUAACGAUAGCAAAGUGGAAACCGUCGAUGGAUGUGGCACUCCUGCAGUCACUGAAAAGCUUUACUGGAGCCAUUUUGGCAUACAGUUGGCCGUUCCUGAGUGGGAAGCCAUUCUCACUACAAUAGUACUCUCCAUAAUAAUUGUUUUAACAAUAAUUGGAAACAUUCUAGUCAUUUUAAGCGUAUUCACCUAUAAACCUCUGCGAAUAGUUCAAAACUUCUUUAUUGUAUCACUAGCAGUAGCAGAUCUCACAGUUGCAUUACUUGUAUUGCCAUUCAACGUAGCAUACUCAAUUCUUGGACGAUGGGAAUUCGGUAUUCAUGUUUGCAAGAUGUGGCUAACAUGUGAUGUUUUAUGCUGUACUUCGUCAAUACUUAAUUUAUGCGCAAUUGCCCUUGAUCGGUACUGGGCCAUAACCGACCCCAUUAACUAUGCCCAAAAGCGUACAGUUGGUCGAGUUUUACUAUUAAUAACCGGUGUAUGGAUUCUGUCUUUAGUAAUCAGUUCGCCACCGCUUGUGGGCUGGAACGACUGGCCAGAUGAAUUUACGAGUGCUACACCUUGCGAAUUAACGUCAAAUCGUGGUUACGUGAUAUACUCAUCAUUGGGAUCAUUCUUCAUUCCCUUAGUAAUAAUGACUCUCGUAUACUUCGAAAUCUAUAUUGCAACAAGACGGCGAUUACGGGAGCGAGCCAAAGCUUCGAAAAUAAACACCAUCGGAAUGAAAAGUGGUGAUAUGGAGGCACCGGUCAUGAGCAACAUCAAUGCAAGGCGAGAAAGUUAUGCUAUGAGUUCUCUAUGUUUGACCAUAUUGAGUUGUGGUAAGGCCUCAUCUCAAUCAACGUCUGCAGUUAUAAUAUCAAAUGAUCAGGACUCCAUCAGCAGUGAGACACAUGGUAAUAAUGAAGCGCUGAGUAGGGAUAAUCUGCAAGAAUUGGAACAGGGCGUAAUGGUGGCGCAACGAAAAAAAACUCGUCGUGCGAAAAUAAAAGACUCUAUUAAGCACAGCAAAAUGCGAGUGCGGAAGAAACAGCAGCAAAAAAUUGAUGAUGAAUCGAGUGGUGGAAAAAGAACCGUCUCUAUGGAUGCAAUUGGGACAGAGCAAUUACUGCUCAUGGUGGCCGAAAAUAAAGACUUGGAAAAUUGCGAAAUGUCUACUGGCAGUAACAGUGAUCAUAAAGGAGCCUCAGGAGGAAUGGGACCAGUCGAUGUGAACAAUGACGAAAACACUUCAUUAAAAAUAACACCGCCACAAUCAUCGACAGGCGCCACAUCGACUGUGGCUAUGCCACUCCAAAAAAAACCUGCCGGUGUAUACCAGUUCAUAGAGGAAAAACAGAGGAUAUCAUUGUCUAAGGAACGCCGAGCUGCACGCACUUUGGGCAUUAUAAUGGGAGUGUUUGUUAUCUGUUGGCUUCCUUUCUUCCUUAUGUACGUUAUUCUGCCCUUCUGUGAAACUUGCUGCCCCACGAAUAAAUUCAAGAACUUUAUUACCUGGCUGGGCUACAUAAAUUCAGGGUUGAAUCCCGUCAUUUACACAAUAUUUAAUUUGGACUACAGGCGAGCGUUCAAAAGACUUCUCGGAUUUAAGUGAAGACGGUGUUAUUUGUGAUCGUUGAUGAUGUUAUUCUUGAUAAGUGAAAGUUGUUGAUCCACAAAUAUAUGUAUGUAUAUAACUAAAAAAUUGUGUGGAUUGUAAAUGAGUUAAACUUAUAGCAAAUAAAUAGCAAAAUGUAUUUAUAUUACCAACCAUUAUCUUUAAUAGUUCAUAAGCUUUUAAUAUAUAAUAGCAUUUAAUAUAACUCAACAUAUAUAUGUAACAAAAAAGUAAUCGAGAUUGUUUAUGUGCAUAGUAAGUAAAGAGCCAAAACGAAUUAUUAUAAUGAAUCCCUUAUUUUGCAUUGAUACAUAUUGGGUGUCGCAACAUUAACUGACGUUUUCGGACGGUUUUUAAUGCCCGGCGCACUAUCGCACUAAGAACUUAUAACCGAUUUAGCCAUCUCUGCUCGACCGUUUGUGCAGAAGAUAACUCGAGUAAACAUUUAAAUAUUCGUAGCGUAGCUUGAUAAACAUCGAAAAUUCGUUAUUUGCGAUGCACACCCUCCAUGUUGCGGUAAUUUAAAAAUAUAUUGUAUGUGUAUAUAAUCUAAUUAAAAAAAUUACUCAGUUUUGUCACAAACGAAGAGAGGAGCAUGAUUGUUUAAUAUUUUUAGAAAAUUAACAUGUUCCACCUACACUUAAGUAAAUAUGAAAAUGCCACUUAAUUUAACUGAGCAGAAGUUGCUGAUCUCAUGUUAUUUGAUCUUAUCUAAUCAUUAUUUGGGAAUACACGAAAUCUAAAUACAACUACUUUUACCUCCAAUAUAAUAGAUCAUUUAAAAGAGGAUACAAAUAUGAUAUGUCUGAAAAUAAUAAAGUAUUCAGUACCCUAAUUGUGAAGGGUAUUUCAAAAUACGCCCAUAGAUUAUGUUUUAAAAUAAAAAGUGUAAAAAUUUA